AUGUCAAAUAAGGAGGUGAAGGCAGCAUUGAAGAGUGCUAGAGACGCAAUACGAAAUAAAGAAUAUAAGGAGGCCUUAAAACAUUGCAAGGCUGUCUUGAAGCAAGAAAAAAAUAACUACAAUGCUUGGGUAUUUAUUGGGCUGUCAGCCGCUGAGUUAGAGCAGCCCGAUCAGGCCAAAGGAGCAUAUAAGAAGGCUAUUGAACUUGAGCCAAACCAGUUACUGGCAUGGCAGGGAUUAGCAAAUUUAUAUGAGAAAUCCACCCAAACAGAUGUGAAAGGAGACUUAGCAGAUGUUUACCAAAAGCUUUUGGAACUCUAUGAAAGUGGUGACAAGCAGAAAUGGUGUGAUGUAUGUAACAAGCUCGUGGAACUAUAUCAUCAAGAAAAGAAAUAUUUAGAGGUGGCUGAAACAUGGCAGAAACUAAUAAAAAUGAAACAGGAGGAAGGUGCGGAAAAGGCAGAGCUUCAUCAGCUUUGGAAGAAGAUGAUCCACUUACUGAAAGGCAGCACACAGGACCAGGAUAAUAAGACGGAGCAGUUGCUUUUGACUGCAUUUGAACAUGCGGUGAACUCUGCUGACGCUGUUCCUAGUGAAGACCACCAAAAUCUUUACAAGGACUUUAUUCAGUGCUUGUCAAAAUUUCCUCAUGAAACGGGGAGGUUGGAAAAGGCCUGUAAUGAUAUGAUGGCUUUGUAUCCCACCGUGAGUUAUCCUUUAGAAGUACUUUGCUUGCACUUUGUUCAGUCAGGUACUUUGUCGGAAGAAGCCAUGAGCUGUUUUGAUAGGCUUUUGGAGAUGGAUGCAGGUAGCGGUCCAGGCAUCAUUGGUUUGGGUAUAAAAUGCCUCCAAGAAAAGAAAUACAAGGAGGCUGUUAAGAGUCUUACUGAAGGUUUGCAGAAGACUAGCCAGUGUCCAGCAGCAUGGCGUUAUUUGGCAGAGGCGCAGAUGAAAAUUCACAAGCACAGGGAUGCUGUCCUGUCCUGCAAUCAAGCUCUCAAGGCUCUUGGAACUCUUGAGGGUCCUGGUCUUCGGUGGAAGAACCUUACCCUUAAGUUGAAAGCAGAGGCUUUGAUUGAAGUACCUGAUGCUGAUGCUGCAGAAGAAGCCAUUCAAGCACUUGAACAGAUUGUGGAUGCAAGCAGUGAUCCAGUGAUUUUAGCUAUCAGAGGUCAGGCUUGCCUAAAGAAAGGUUUAAUGGAUCAAGCUUCAAAGAUUUCACAAGAGCUUCUGUUGUCACACCCUGACCUGACUGAGUCCCAUGCUCUAGAGGGUUUCAUCCACUAUUCCCAAAAAAACUACGAACAGGCGGAAAAAAGUUUUCUGAAUGCUAUUGAAAGAAAGGCCGAAACUGCAGUGUAUCAUCAGUACCUGGGUCUCACAUACUGGUUCAUGAGGGACGAGACAAAAAAAGACAAAGGAAAAGCACUCACUCAGUUCUUGAAGGCUGCAAAAUUGGACAGCUACUUGGGAAGUGUCUUUUGUUAUUUAGGUAACUACUACAGAGAUGUUGCUGGAGACAAAAGUAGAGCCCGUGGUUGCUAUAAAAAGGCUUUUGAACUGGAUGAAACUGAUGAAGAAUCCGGAACAGCAGCGGUAGACUUAAGCAUGGAACUUGGAGACAUGGACACUGCCCUGUCAAUCCUGAACGAAGUAACUGAAAAAGCGAGCACUGGUACGGCAAAAUGGGCCUGGCUUCAUCGUGGACUUUACUACCUGAGAACUGAUCAGCCGUCACAGGCAGUGGCUGAUUUGCAGGCAGCUGUCAGGGCUGAUCCAAAGGAUUCCAUCUGCUGGGAGUCUCUAGGAGAAGCUUACCUCGGCAGAGGUAGCUAUUCAACAGCUCUGAAAUCCUUCAGGAAAGCAAGUGAGCUGAACCCAGGGCUCGUGUACAGCAUUUACAGUGCUGCAGCAGUUGAGCAGCUUCUAGGCAGAUAUGAAAAUGCUAUAGCUACCUAUCAACAAAUCUUAAAGGAGACAGAAGAUUAUGUGCCUGCACUGAAAGGACUUGGUGAGUGCUAUCUCUUGCUGGCAAGAUCAGCCCUUGAUAACUGUUUUGAUAGGAAGGCUAUGGAUUACAUAGAGCAGGCUCUUGAAUCUUUUACAAG